AAGAGAGAAAAAGAAGACGGUCACAGUGAGGAAGUAAUACAUUACUUGUCACAGGAAGAAGAUGUUCAAAUAUCAGUUCAGAAAAAGACAGAGAAGCACGAUGUUUGAGUUCAGAUGGAUUAAAACGUCUUUAUUUCUGAUGAUGGUGCUACUGCUUCCAGCAGUGGCUGAACAACUCUCCCCCCGUAUUGUUGGCAGAGUUGGAGAUGAAGUCACUUUACCUUGUGACAAUGUGAGAGAUUAUCAGGACAAAUGUCAGCGUACUUCGUGGCUCUUUGUUGGUUCAGGAAACACAAUGUCAAUACUUCUGAUUGACCGUGGACAGAUUGGUGAAAACACCAACUCUAAAUCAGACAGACUGAGUGUUACAGCGAACUGUUCUCUGGUUAUAAAGAAUGUCACAGUUGAGGAUGUUGGUCAAUAUACCUGCAGACAGUUUAUAUCAGGACAACAACAAGGUCCAGACUCUCACGUUCAUCUGUCUGUUAUUACCAUGACUGAACAUAAGGACUCUGAUAAGGUGACAUUAAGCUGCUCUGUGUCGACUGACAGAGGGGGUGAACACAGAGUGAAGUGGCUGUAUCAGGGUGAAGAUCUGGAUAACGAUAAUGAAGACAAGGGCACAUCACAGCCUAAGAUCUCAGUUACUGUGACAUUCCCUACUUAUGAUCUUAACCUGAAGUCAGAGCAUCUUAAGUGUGAAGUGACUGAUCUUUUUGUUCAACCAGAGCAGCAGUUUACUUUCAGCCUUCAGUCACCAAAGAAACCAGAGGAUGCAACAACAGCAACAACCGCAACAACAACAUUAAGGAUAACUGGGAACAUCAACCAAACAAGCACCAACUCAAUAGGUUGGUGGUUGUACAUCAUUGUGCCUGUAGGUUUAAUUGCACUCGUAGUAAUCAUCAUGACGGCCAUCAGAUGUAAGAGAACUAAAGGCAACAAAACACAGAUGGAUGAAAACACCGGGCAGAGAUUAAAACCUGUGGCGACUGAGUCUGCUCCAGAAACCAGUCAGGACACGGCUGAUCCUGAAGAUGGUGUUUCCUACGCCUCCGUCAGUUACACCAAGAAGAGUAAAGGCCGGGUACAGGUUAAAAAUGAUGAUGAUGGUGAAGAUACAGUGACGUACAGCACUGUGAAAGCUUCCUCUUCUUCUGCUGGAGUCUCUGAUGAUCCCAGCAACCUCUACGCCGCCAUCAACUAACCAAACAAAUAAGAUACCGCAGUACCUGGGAAACUAUUGCCAGCUUUGGCAAUAUUGAAUAUUGGAAUCUUCACCAAUCAGAUGAACAGAUCUCUAAAACUUUAGAAAUCCCUAAAAUCCUCAAUGAUUAGAAAUCUAGAAAAAAAGAAUACCAGGAAGAAGAAUGUAAACAAACAAUGGAGUCCGAGACAGUGUGUGUUAUACUGGUUGUCUUGUGUUUCAAAAAAGCCUAAAUGAGGAAAAAAAAAUACUUGUAGCCUUUCAUCUGUUUCACAGUUCCACCUUGCCACACCGAUAUCCUUCCUCUUUCACUUCACCAUGUUUACAGUUGAAGAGCGCUCUUUGCUCCUAUUGGUCCACAUCUCUGUACACAUGGUAAAAUAACUUUCUGCCAGAUGCGGCAUUGAUCCUAUAAUCGGGCUGAUAUCAUGUAGCCCAGCAAAGACCAUUGUUUGGGUAAAAAUAACUGUUCUGUUACAGAAGAACUAAAACUCCCAAACCUUAUUAAAUUAAUAUGAAUAUUUAAUAUUUGUAUGAUGAUUCCAGGGUGUAUUGUUGGAAAAAGCUUUUUGUCCAGAAGGGGGCAGCGAGUGAUAGGGCAAGUAGUAUGCAAAUAGUAAAAGUAAUAUCAUGUAUAUGUCUGCUCUGUUUGCUGUGCCUAUUCAAAACAUAAAAUGUGAAUGUACUGCUAUCAGGUUAUGUUUUGAAUGCUACUGUAUCUAUAUAUUUUUUCAAUGUUCCGUGUAUCCGUUGUAAUUUUUGGAACAUUUAUAUCUGUGUUCAGUUUUUUUUUCUAUGUCCUGUCAAGUUAAUAAAAUAAAUAACAUCA